GCUCCGUCCACAAACGAAGUGUUUCGCUGAGAGCGCGCGCGCCAGUGUUGCACGCCGGCGCUUUCAAGUAGAAAAGGCGCGCGUGACAGAACAUAUAACUUAUAAGCAACACAGUGACAACCUCGACGUCGUCAUGCUUAUUGUUCUGGUUAUUACUCGCUUUGUUUUAAAGAGAUUUUUUGAACUUUUUCGCAUAAGACUGCAUACGAAUUGUGCGUUGCCGGAAAGCCUCGCGUCGGUUCCUAGGAAAAGUGAGCCCGUCGAAAUGGAGGGAGCCGCUCGUUCCGGUGAACGGGGAGGAAAUGAGUUCAGUACAGCGGCGUGUGGCGACCUUUCAGCGGCCCCGGGUGGGGAACUGGACAACGCCGACGAACCGGACUUCUGCAGCUUUUCUGAGCCCUCCAGUCAGCUGUCUGAGAGCCUGACUUCGGAGGUGCCGCUCGGACGAAGGAGCAGAAAUCUGAGGAAGAUGAAGGAUGGCAGUAAGUUAUGGAGAAGGAAACACCAUGGGAUCUCGAAAGGAGAUUUGGAGAUUGCAGCUGUGGACUGGAAGCUGUGGUCUUCCUGGCUUGGAAUGUUGCCGUUGAGAUGCUCAUCUGGGACCGAGGAGAUGACUGCUGGCCAUCAGGGAAAAGUGGAGGAUGACAUGCAGCAGCAAACUCUCUUGGAAGACUGUGUAAGGAGAGAGGCAUACCAGAGGUUGGAUGAGAUCAUUGCUGCUUUUCAUAGAAGGUAUGAACGUGAGGUUGCAGACUUGGAGAGUGCUAUGAAGAGGCUUAAAAAGGACAAGGAUAAGUUGCAAAAUUCUUUAAUCAGAGCACAAAUUAAGAUUUCCUAUCUGCAAGUGGAGAUGGGGGCCCUAAAAAAGGAAAAGUUAUACCAGAGGCUACAACAUGAAAGGGAGAAGAAUGACCUUAAGAAAAUGCUGACUGAAUGUCAUUCAUAUUACAGUCACAUGAAAUGUCUCCAGCAAAAUAUGUCUGAAAGCAGUGACCGAUCCUAUUCCAUGUUGGACCGGAAUGCAGAACGAAGCUGUAAGAGGAUUAAGGAAAGAAAUGUGAAGACCAUUCCACAUAACACACUGAACAGCAGCAGUAACAUACUAGUUAAAUGGCAAGAUUUAAGUUUAACAGAAUAUUCAGAUUUGCGUAGCAGGACUGACCAAUACCAGGACAGUGGACUAUUGUUGUGUUCAGAUGCAAUGGACAGUUCAAGUAGUGAGUGUGACUAUGAAGACCACAAGGACAUUUUGGGGUGUGUGUCUCAACAUUCGUUUGGUGGAGGGACCCAACACUUGGACAAUGGGAUAUCAGACUGGAAAUCGGAGCACACGAAUUCAGCGCCGGGCAGAUAUGGCUCAGUAUCAUUAGCAUCCACCCGAAAACUGCUUUCAGCAUUUUCAUGCCAGGUAGGAAAGGAAGGCCUGAGCAACACAUUGUGGGGGGAGAUUAGGAUUGUCUGUACUGUUUUUGAUUGUGGCCAGUUCUAUCAGAUGAUAUAUCACAUGUCCUGCCAACAGACAGAUUCAGAUAUUCUUGAUGCUGAGGAAUCUGCAACCAUCUAUAGACUGGUUCUAGCUGGAGAUGUAGGCACUGGGAAGUCCAGUUUCCUACUUCGCCUGAGCACGAAUGAGUUCAGAAGUGAUAUUCGAAUGACAUUAGGUGUGGAUAUGCACAUAAAGAAGAUGCUUGUAGAUGGGGAGAAAACUCAUCUACAGAUCUGGGAUACAGCUGGUCAAGAAAGAUUCCGCAGCAUUUCCCAGUCUUAUUUCUGCAAGGCCCAUGGUGUGUUGCUGUUGUAUGAUGUCACAUCCAAGGCCAGCUUCUUCAACAUCAGAGAGUGGAUGGAUCAAAUCAAGGAGUUCAGAGAUGAGCCCCCCUCUAUGUGCGUGAUUGGAAAUAAGGUGGACCUACGGGCUGAGCUUCCUGAGGACAGCUGUGUUAGUGCUGCUCAAGGGGAAAAGUUAGCUAUGAUGUACAGUGCUCUCUUCUGUGAGACCAGUGCCAAAGAAGGAACUAAUGUUGUUGAAGCGGUUCUUCAUCUUGCAAGAGAAAUAAAGAAGUGCAAGUCUGAGACCUACAUCGCCAUGGGAUCCAUAGAUGGAAAGUACCCUGGCAGUAGCUGUUGUGACCUAUAGCAACUGUGGAAUUCUACCAUCAGAGAAUCACUGCACAGUGGCGCAGGAUUCAAAAUGAGUAUGUUUCAUUCAAGAUGCAUUUGUGUCAAUGGUGGCGGUUUGUU